GCGGGCGCCGUGCUGGUGGAGCUGCAGCGGGAGCGGCGCAUGGUGUGCGUGGAGUACCCGGGGCAGGUGCGGGACGUCGCCAAGAUGCUGCGGACCCUGGGCGGAGAGGAAGGCGUGUCCCGGAUCCACGCAGACUCUGCCAAGAGGCUGGAGCUGUACUUCCGCCCAAAGGAUCCGUACUGCCAUCCUGUAUGUGCCAACCGCUUCCCUACCACCAGCCUGCUACUCAAGGUCAAGAGGAAGAAGUCAGGGAGGCGAAGCUUGGAAGGCGAAGGGAAAGCUGCCCAGGAGGUCGAGUUUGACAUGGAGAUCCUUGGCAUCAUCACCACUAUUUACAAAUUUCAAGGAAUGUCUGACUUUCAAUACUUAGCAGUGCACACCGGGCCCGACGGCCAGCAUACUUCCAUGUACGAGAAGGUUCUCCUGCGCAAACCAGAAAAGGAAGAGUACUUCAAUCAGGAAUUACCUCUUUAUAUACCCCCACCCAUUUUCUCCCGCCUGGACACCCCAGUGGACUAUUUCUAUCGACCAGAAACCCAACACCGGGAAGGCUACAACAACCCGCCCGUGUCUGGAGAGAACCUGAUCGGCUUGAGCAGGGCCCGGCGGCCCCACAACGCGAUCUUUGUGAAUUUCGAGGAAGAUGAGGUGCCCACGAAGCCGCUGGAGGCUGCCGUGCUGAUGUGGAAGAAAGUGUGCACCAACCCCAUGGACAGGAAAGUGGAGGAGGAGCUGAGGAAGCUGUUUGACGUCCGUCCCAUCUGGUCUCGUAAUGCGGUGAAGGCGAAUAUCAGUGUCCACCCUGACAAGCUCAAGGUCCUGCUGCCGUACUUGGCCUAUUACAUGAUAACGGGUCCCUGGAGAAGCCUGUGGGUUCGGUUCGGAUACGACCCCAGAAAAAACCCCGAAGCGAAGAUUUACCAAGUCUUGGAUUUCCGAAUCCGCUGCGGAAUGAAAUACGGCUACGCCCCCAACGACAUGCCCGUGAAGGCGAAACGCAGCACCUACAACUAUAGUCUCCCCAUCACCGUCAAAAAGACACCCAGCCAGCUGGUCACCAUGCACGACUUGAAGCAAGGACUUGGGGCAUCGGGGACAGCGAAGAAAUCUGUCUCCAGCAAGUACAAGCUCAAGGAUUCCAUCUACAUCUUCCGCGAAGGAGCCCUGCCACCGUAUCGUCAGAUGUUUUAUCAGCUCUGCGACCUCAAUGUGGAAGGCCUGCAAAAGAUCAUCCACCGGAACGACGGGCUGGAGGCCGAGUGCACGGAGCGCGACGGUUGGUGCCUCCAGAAGACCAGUGACGAACUGAGGGACACCAUGUCGCUCAUGAUCAGGCAGAUCAUCCGCUCCAAGCGGCCAGCUCUCUUCUCCAGCACCUCAGAAACCAAAGACGGCAAAGAGCAGCUGACCUUCGAGUCCGGGGAAGAGGAAGAUGAAGACGAUGAAGAGGAAGAGGACUUCAAACCGUCCGACGGGAGUGAAAACGAAAUGGAAACCGAGAUCUUGGACUACGUGUGACGGGCUUGGAGCGGGGAAAGUUCUUCGAGUGGGUCCUGUUGGAGGGCGGGGGCCUGGGCCCAGGCCAUUCCCGAGUAGCCCGGACCUUUCUGAUUCAAGUCAGGAUGGACAGCACUGGUGCCUUCCCCCCGGGAGCUGGGGGUGAGUCCCCUGCCCCCGGAAUAGUAGGGGCACCUCACCUUUCCUAUAGAAGCCAACCUAGCUGGUGGGUCCUUCUGUCUUGGGCCCAAAUUGCGCUGCCAUCUGACUCCCAAGACAGCUAUGCUUUGGCAGCUGUCUUCGUCCCUGCCCCGAACCCUACAAGUUCCCGGGUCCCGGCCCACGAGGGGGUUCAGAGUGGAGUCGGGGUAUUUGCAGAGGUGGAAAUACCACAGACUAGGAAACCAGAUUCCCCCGUUAGUCUCAUGGCUUGGGGCAUUUCAGUGCUGGCAUUCCCUUGGAACAGUCUGGUGUAGAUCUUAGCAGUUCUCUGUAACUUAGGAUGGGGCUGGAAGCCCUAUUCCCUAUUAAAUGACUU